AAAAGAGAGUCAAUAUAUAUAUCAACAUGCAAGAGUGAAGAGAGAGAGAGAGAGAGAGAGGCCUUUUCUUCUAUUCACAACAUUUAGGGUUUCCCAUCUUCAUCUUCCCCAUCACUCUUCCAAACCAUUAAUUCCGCGAGAGAGAGAGAGACUGAGAACGAAGAGCAAAGAAGUUAGAAAAAAAUAAAGAAAAUUUUCCGCUUUCGUUCUCCUUCUCUCUCCUCCAUUAAGUUUCUGGGUUUCUUCUCCCUCAUCCUCUUUUGUUUUCCUGUGAUUGAGCAGUUCUCGAUCUACGCAUACCCUUUUCCGUGAAAAGUCUCUCCCUUUAUUCUCUGGGCACUUCGACAUAAUAAGAAGACAACAAAAUAUUAAAUCUGUAUCAUUUUGAUGAACUUCGGUAGUCUCUUUGACAACACGAACGGUGGUUCUCCCACCGGAGCUAGAAUCCUCUCCGGUUUAACAUAUGGCAACCACACCACCGCAUCCACCGUAAUACCCGGCGGUGCUAUGGCUCAAGUGGCGGCAGCGAGUCUCUUCUCUCCUCCUAUCAACACGAAGACUGUUUACUCAUCAGGCCUCUCUCUAGCUCUCGAGCAACCGGAGAGAGGAGGAGGAGGAACGAACCGUGGAGAAGCAUCGAUGAGGAACAACAAUAACGAUAAUAAUUUCGAAGGGAGUACGACGAACAGGAGAAGCCGUGAGGAGGAGCAUGAGAGCAGAUCUGGAAGUGAUAACGUCGAAGGUAUCUCCGGCGAAGAUCAAGACGCCGACGAUAAUAAACCUCCUCGGAAAAAACGUUACCACCGACACACUCCUCAACAAAUCCAAGAACUCGAAUCCAUGUUCAAGGAGUGUCCACAUCCUGACGAGAAGCAACGACUUGACCUUAGUAAGAGACUUUGCUUGGAGACCAGACAAGUCAAGUUCUGGUUCCAGAAUCGUCGCACUCAGAUGAAGACUCAGUUAGAGCGGCACGAGAACGCGUUGUUGAGACAAGAGAACGAUAAGCUAAGAGCUGAGAACAUGUCCAUACGCGAGGCAAUGAGGAAUCCAAUGUGCAACAACUGUGGUGGACCAGCCAUGCUCGGCGACGUCUCUCUCGAAGAGCACCACCUCCGCAUCGAAAACGCUCGCUUGAAAGACGAGUUAGAUCGUGUCUGUAACCUCACCGGUAAAUUCCUCGGCCACCACAACCACCACUCCUCUUCUCUAGAGCUAGCCGUCGGCAACAACAACGGCGGAAACUUCAACUUCCCUCCUGAUUUCGGCGGUGGCGGUUGCUUACCACCGCCUCCGCAGCAGCACCAGUCGAUGGUGGUUAAUGGGAUUGAUCAGAGGUCGGUUUUGUUGGAGCUGGCUUUAACGGCCAUGGAUGAGCUGGUGAAGCUCACUCAGAAUGAUGAACCGUUAUGGGUGAAAAGCUUGGACGGAGAGAGAGAUGAGCUUAACCAAGAGGAGUACGUGAGGACGUUCUCGUCAAAUAAACAAACCGGUUUAGUUACUGAAGCGUCGAGAGCGUCCGGUAUGGUUAUCAUCAAUAGCUUAGCUCUCGUCGAGACGUUAAUGGACUCCAACCGGUGGAUCGAGAUGUUUCCGUGUAACGUUGCAAGAGCCAUAACCACUGACGUUAUCUCUGGUGGAAUGGCCGGGACAAGGAACGGUGCACUUCAACUGAUGAAUGCGGAGCUACAAGUAUUGUCACCGUUGGUUCCGGUUCGCAACGUGAAUUUCCUCCGGUUCUGCAAACAGCACGCGGAAGGCGUGUGGGCGGUGGUCGACGUUUCAAUUGAUACCGUUCGGGAUAAUUCCGGUGGAUCUGCCGUCACGGUCCGGCGUUUACCAUCAGGCUGCGUAGUGCAAGAUAUGUCCAAUGGAUACUCUAAGGUCACGUGGGUUGAACAUGCAGAAUACGAUGAAAACCAAAUCCACCACUUGUACCGGCCGUUGCUUCGGUCAGGUCUUGGUUUUGGCUCGCAAAGAUGGGUCGCUACACUUCAGAGACAGUGCGAAUGUCUGGCCAUCCUCAUGUCCUCGUCCGUUACGCCGCACGACAACUCAUCAAUAACGCCUGGUGGUCGGAAAAGCAUGCUGAAGUUAGCUCAACGUAUGACGGUCAACUUCUGCUCGGGCAUCUCUGCGCCAUCUGUCCACAGUUGGAGCAAGCUCACCGUCGAAAAUGUAGAUCCGGACGUUCGAGUUAUGACCCGUAAGAGUGUGGACGAUUCGGGUAUUGUUCUGAGUGCUGCAACGUCUGUGUGGCUUCCGGCUUCGCCACAACGUCUGUUUGACUUCUUGCGGAACGAACGGAUGAGAUGUGAAUGGGAUAUAUUAUCUAACGGUGGUCCCAUGCAGGAGAUGGCCCACAUCGCCAAAGGUCAAGAUCAAGGCAACUCCGUUUCUCUGCUCCGCUCCAAUCCAAUGAACGCGAACCAAAGCAGUAUGCUAAUUCUACAGGAGACAUGCAUUGACGCAUCUGGAGCGCUCGUGGUGUACGCGCCUGUAGAUAUUCCAGCCAUGAAUGUUGUGAUGAACGGUGGAGAUUCAUCCUACGUGGCUCUACUUCCUUCUGGUUUCGCUGUUCUCCCCGACGGUGGCUCUGGAGACGUUGAGCAGCGACCGGUCGGUGGAGGGUCACUCUUGACGGUGGCGUUUCAAAUCCUUGUAAACAAUCUUCCGACGGCAAAACUCACGGUUGAGUCAGUAGAGACGGUUAAUAACCUAAUAUCAUGCACCGUUCAGAAGAUCAGAGACGCUCUUCAGUGCGAAAGCUAAGGCUCAAGGUGUACCGUUGUCCGUUGAGCGUGUGUGUGUGUGUUGUCUUUUUUGUUGAGUUGUGAAUUUUAACUAUAUGUACUGUGUAUUUUGGGUUUUAGUUAAGUUUGGGAGGGGGGUGUCGAGUCAAGAACGAACCGCGCGGGUGGCGAAGUCCAACUCCUUUGUCACCGUGGUUGGGACCAUGUUAGGUUUGGUCUGAUCACGGUGGAGGAGUUGGUGGUUCGGGUAUUGACUGGGGUUGGAAACCCCCUUUGUUAUCCUUUUGGGUGUCAUUAUUAUUAUUAUUAUAUAAAAAAUUGUAGUAAAACUCAUGUAGCGAGAGUGAGCCACACGCACCGUCAGAUGCUGUGGUUUGCUAACGCGGACUGGGAUAUUAUGAGCAGUAUGUGGUUGGACUUUGGAUGGA